AUGCCUCGACGCAAGGCAAAGACUCAGGUUUCGACCUAUAACCUACUGUCAGAUGAUGAAGAUGAGGACCCAGAGCUUUUGAAGACUUACGCGCGCGAGGUCAAACUGUCUGUAGAUGGUCGAUGGCUGAGAGCUGCUGAACAGGCCAGGCAAGACUUACCUGACGUUCCAAUGCUUGCUCAUGAUAGUACAAGCAAUGAGCUCGAAGGAUCCUAUGUGAUCGAGGAAACGUGGGAUACACCUCUGGACGCAGAGAUGACACUGAACAACACGGACGUACCUGAAAUCGCCGACGAAACGGGACCAUCUCCCCGAGAGUGUAUCGACGCACCACUUCGUAUCUGGGUCGGAGACAAGGACCGCCCAGGUUAUAGACAAGAGUACCUGGAUGAAUACGUGCGCAGUGAAGGUCGUGGUUCCGCGGCAUCGUUUCCGUGUGGUUGUGGUCGCGGGAAAGAAAGAGAAUAUCGCUGCGAGACUUGUGGAGGUCAUCACAUGAUGUGCGAAGAGUGUUGUCUUGCGGCGCACAAGAAUCUGCCGCUUCAUGUGAUAUCGAAAUGGAAUGGCUCGUUCCUCGAGCGUGUCUCUCUGAAAUCUAUGGGGCUAGUAGUUCGUCCAGGCCACGAAGAUGGGACUGUCUGCGUCCUUCGUCAUCCAGGUCAUGCCAAGUUUGUUGUCAUUCACACGAAUGGAGUCCACUCCGUCCGAGUCGAUUUUUGUAACUGCGAUAAGAAGCUUCCACACCGACAGCAGCUCCUCCGUUAUGGAUGGUUUCCCGCUAGUGUCGAUACCCCUCAAACCGCUUGCACAGACGAGUGUCUUAUGCAGUUUGGUGCUCUCAUGUCCAAAAGCAAGGUUUCCGCACAAGGAUACUACGAGGCGCUCGAGAGGAUGACAGAUCCUCUAGGCAUCAGUCUUCCUUCGAGUCGGUACCGAGAAUUUAUCCGUACUAGCCGUCAAUACGAACAUAUCCGUUUAAUGAGAGAGGCCGGCCGUGGAAAUGUCCCUAACGGGCUGGAGACCACAGGUCCGGGAGAGCUCGCCGUGCUUUGUCCGGCAUGUCCUCAUCCAGAUAUCAAUCUCCCUCAGGGGUGGAAGGACAUUGAUAUCGCCCGCAGAUUUUUGUACGCUCUCUUUCUAGCCAUGGAUGCAAAUUUCCGGCUAAAAAGCCGAGACCGCGGGCCGUCUCCAGCCGAUCUAGAACUUCACGACGGUCUAGCAUAUUUCGUGAAGACAGAACCAUACAAGGAUCACCUUAAACGCUUUGACAAACAAAAAGAUGUAUUGCACUAUGGACUACCUAUUCUUCUCGACAAUAGCCCCAUUGUUCCUCCUGCUCGUGAUCAUUUCAUAGCCGUCGUUGAGCUGAUCAACGCCCUCGUAUUUGGAGUGCCCAAGUUUCACGCCCCUGGGCACGACCAAGUAUGUGCUACAGUCCAUUCAUUCAACCUUAUGGUCGGCGCGGGUCGGACGGACGGAGAGGGCCCAGAACGGGGCUGGUCAAGAAUGAAUCCUGCAGGUACAUUCACAAAGGAGAUGACGAGUGGCUUCCGUCAUGACACGUUGAACAUACUAUUCACGUGGCACAACUUGGAUAAGUAUUAUGGUCUCGGAAAGACUCUACGCUCUCGACUGCUUGUUGCCGUGGACUUGCGCAACGUCCAGCAGGAAGCGUUCGUUAUCUUUAGCGAAUCCAUCGACUCUAACCUUCGUGACACAUGGUCGAGGAUGGUCGUUGCCUGGGAGAAAGAUAAGACGAACAAGAAUCCAUACCUAAGUGAUCGUAAGAUCAUCAGCGAGACUCAGGUUCGUGCAAAGUUGGUCGAAAGGGAAAGGGAGUUUACACUCCUCCCCCAUGAGACAACUCCCAGCGCGUGCAUCAAGAUGGGACAAGCCAUCGAAGAUAAACAACGACGUUUACGCGCGGACCUGCAACGAAUGAAGGAACUCACCGCAGAUGAGCGUUCCCAGUUCGAGCAGCGCCGCACUAGCCUCCGUCGCGAGAUAUCCAGACUCCAAGAGGUCCAGCGAGCCUACAUGCCUGGGGUAGAGACCUUGAUUACGCAGAAGGAUGGCAACAGUGACCAUGAGCCGGAGAAAGUUAUCCUAUGGAUGCCGUCGUCACUGAACGCCGAGGCACGCAAGAUAUGCACUCACGAUAUUGCCAACACCGAGCUCGAACUUCGUGAAGCCGAGUGUCACGCCGCGCUUGAGAAGAUACGAAGCCUGAUACAGACGAAGUAUCACUUCCAGAUCUACCGCAAUCUGAAUGUGCGAGGACAAAAAAAGAGCAGUCGAGCACGCACCUUGAUCGAUGAGUAUGAAAGGAAGAUCCGGGUCGUGCAUUCCAAAUACGAACAUGCUCACACCGCGUUCCUUUCUCUCAAAGGGCCAGGACAUUCUGGGCUAGAAUUGAAAAUACUCACCAAGGCUGACAUUCGAGCUCUCAACGAGCCGACCAUGGAGCCGGUGACACCUAGGCGACGAGCGAGAGUGGUGGAGCAGGGGCUAGGCGAAGGGCAGAGGAUCAUAUCAUGGAUUUGGACAAUGAAGGGUAUUUCGGGCACAGAUAGCGGCAGACAUGAGCAAGAAGGUCUCCGUGUCGAGUGGCUCAAGGCGCGUGCAAGGGCUCAACGGUGGGAAGAGGAGGUAGACUUGCUGAAAGAGGAGAUGCGGCGAGUGCGCGCGUUCCUUGAACACCGAGCACAGUGGUGGGAUGAGCGUUCUAUUCUGGACAAAGAUACCGCCAUCCUCCAAGCGACAGAACGAACGGCGACAACGAAUGCGGAGGACUCACAGACAGGAGCUACAGCUGCGCAGGCAAGCCUAUCGACAUCCUCGGCGCUGAUACUUUCCCGGCAAUCUUUCGCAGAGGGAGUCCGCGCGCAUGCUCUUCGUCAAGCCAGUCAACAAAGGCGCCUGCGGGAAGAAUUUACGCGUCUAUGGGAGAAGAAGUGGUCGGCUGAGGAGGCAAUCACCUCGUUGAGCGAAGAGGCACAUUCCGACGUUGAGGAUGGCGUUGAGGGCGGCGUUGAAGAUGGCGUUGAGGAUGACGUGGAGGGCGGCAUGGAGGACGGCGCUGAAUACGGCCGGGAUGGGAGAAAUGGGGAAGCGAUGGUGGAGUAA